AUGGUCACUCCCUGCUCCAGCAGCCCUCGGAGCCCCGCCGCCCGUCUCGGCGGGCGGGAUAACGAGCGCAACCUGCGGGCGCCGGUGAAGAAGAGCCGGCGGCCGCGCGUCCGGAGGAAGCAGCCGCUGCUGCCGCUGCCGCCGUCCCCGCUCCCGGGAGACUCGGGCGUGUGCGACCUCUUCGAGACGCCCAGCUCCGGCUCGGAAGGCGCGGACAGCCCCGCGGCCUCGGCGGCGCGAGCCUGCUGCAGCCGCCUGCCCGGCCCGGCCCAGCCGUUGGUGCAGCUCGACCUGCAGACCUUCCGCGACUACGGGCAGAGCUGCUACGCCUUCCGCAGGGAGCGGGAGAGCCGCUUCCACCCGCGGGAGUCGCUGGCGCGGCAGCCACAAGUUACUGCUGAGUCCCGCUGUAAACUGCUCAGCUGGCUCAUCCCCGUGCACCGCCAGUUCGGCCUCAACUUCGAGUCGCUGUGCCUGACCGUGAACAUUCUGGACCGCUUCCUUACCACCACGCCUGUGGCCGCCGACUGCUUCCAGCUGCUAGGGGUCACGUCCCUGCUUAUUGCUUGCAAACAGGUGGAGGUGCACCCCCCAAGGGUGAAGCAGCUGCUAGUCCUCUGCUGUGGUGCCUUCUCCCACCAGCAGCUCUGCAACCUCGAAUGCAUCAUACUGCACAAACUGCACUUCAGCCUGGGGGCACCCACCAUCAGCUUCUUCCUAGAACAUUUUACCCAUGCCCGAGUGGACGCUGGGCUGGUGCCAGUCUCCGAGGCCUUGGAGGCACAUACCGUGGCUCGAGGGGUGGCAGAGCUGAGCUUGGCCGACUAUGCCUUCACCAACUACACCCCAUCCCUGCUGGCCAUCUGCUGCCUGGCGCUGGCGGACCAGCUCCUGCAGCUCCCGAGCCCUGUAGACUCGCACCUGAGUGAGCACCCCAAAGAAGAGUUUGAAGACUGCUUGGGCAAACUGCAGCUGCUAGUGGCCAUCAAUGGCACCUCCCUGACUCACAUGCUUCCCCUGCAGAUCUGCCAGAAGUGCAACCUGUCCCCAAGCUUGAAAUAA